AUGGCGGCCGCCGCGCGCCGCGCGCACGUCGUCCUGUUCCCGUUCAUGGCGGAGGGCCACCUCGCGCCGUUCCGCUGCCUGGCGGAGCUGGCCCGCCGCGCGCGCCCCGGCGCCCGCGUCACCGUGGUCGUCACCCCCGGGACGGCCGGGCCCCUCCGCGCCAGCCUCGCCGCGGACGGCCUCGGCGGCGACGUCGGGGUCCACGCGCUGCCGUUCGACCCGGCCGGCCACGGCCUCCCCGCCGGCGCCGGCAUCGCCUCCCACCAGCUCAUCACCCUCUUCGCCGCCUCCGAGUCCCUCCGCCCGGCGUUCCGGAACCUCGUCGCGGGGCUCAGGGCCGCCGACCCCGGCGCCGACGUCCACGUCAUGGCGGACAUGUUCCUGGGCUGGACGCUGGACGUCGCCCGCGAGGCCGGCGCGUCGCACUCCGCCGUGCUCACCACCGGCGGCUACGGCGCCGCGGUCUACUUCUCGCUCUGGAACAGCGUGCCGCUCCCGGCGGACGACGCGUUCCCGCUGCCGCCGUUCCCGGACGUCACCGUCUGCCGCUCCCAGCUCACCGACCACCUCGCCGCGGCCGACGGGAAGGACGCCUGGUCCACCUUCGUGAGCAAGCAGAUCGCCGCCUUCGCCCACACGGACGCGCUGCUCGUCAACACGACGGAGAACCUCGACCCCAAGGGGCUAGCGAUGCUCCGGCAACUCUUCGACGUCCCGAUAUACCCAGUUGGCCCGCUGCUCCGCGUCACGCCGCCGGCGCCGGCGCUGGGAGCGAAGAACCGCGGCGCCAUCUUGGGCUGGCUCGACAAGCAGCCUCCGUGCUCCGUGCUGUACGUAUCGUUCGGGUCGCAGUACACGAUCAGCGCGUCACAGAUGAUGGAGCUGGCAGUGGGGCUCGAGCGGAGCGCGCACCGGUUCGUGUGGGUGGUCCGGCCGCCGGCGGGGUCCGACGUCGACGGCGAGUUCCGGCCGGAGUGGCUGCCGGAGGGCUUCAGGGAGAGGGCGGAGGCGGGCGGGCGGGGGCUGGUGGCGCGGUGCUGGGCGCCGCAGGUGGAGAUCCUGGCGCACGCGGCGGCGGGCGCGUUCCUGACGCACUGCGGGUGGAACUCGGUGCAGGAGAGCCUCGGCAGCGGCGUGCCGCUGCUCGGGUGGCCGCUCUCGGCGGAGCAGUUCUACAACGCCAAGGUGCUGGCGGAGGAGAUGGGGGUGUGCGUGGAGGUGGCGCGCGGGACGCGCGCCGCGCUGAGCGGGGAGAAGCUGGCUGCCGCGGUGGAGGCGGUGCUCGGCGACACCGCGGAGCGCGCCGGGAUGAGGCGGAGGGCGGCGGAGAUGAGGGAGGUGAUCGCGGCGGCGAGGGAGAGCGGAGGCGAAGGGUCGUCACUGAAAGUGAUGGAGAGGUUCUUCGCCGACGUCGUGCAUUGCUGA